GGCGCCCGAGGGCGGCGGCGGCGGCGGCGGCGAUGAGGCGGAGAAAAGCGCGGCGCUAACGUCUGCACCGCCGGCCGCCGCCACUACUACCACCACGCCGAGCGCCGGCGGGAGGUGCAGGCAGGCCGCAGCCCGGUCGCCCUUAGCAACGGCGCGGGCCAGCCAUGGCGGGCGCUGGAGACGGGCCGCGGCGGUGGCCGGGCCUGGGCCUGCUGCUGGGGCUGCUGCUGCUGCUGCUGCUGGGCCUCGUCCUGCUGGCCGCUCCCGGGGCGCGGGCGGCGCGGAGCCGCGGCGGCGCCGACAAGCAGAACAGCCUGCGGCGGGCGGCCAACGGCGUCUACCAGGGCGUCAGCGGCCUCGUCGGCGAGGAGAACGUGCGCGCCCUGCACAAGUUCUUCUCCAGACUGACGGAGCGAUUUGUGUAUGGCGUGGAUGUUCUAGUGGAUACGUUCUGGAGAAUAUGGACAGACCUGCUGGAUGUUCUUGGGAUUGAUGCCUCUAACUUGACCCAUUACUUCAGCCCCGGAGCCGUCGCCAACAAUCCCACACGUGCCCUGCUGCUGGUGGGCGCCAUCUUGCUGGCCUACUGGUUCAUUUCCCUCUUCCUCGGGUUCUUCUUCUACCUGCUGCACGUCCUGUGCGGCCGAUUCUUCUGGCUCGUGCGGGUUGCCCUCUUCGCCCUGUCCUGCGUGUACAUUCUCCAGAAGUAUGAAGGCGAGCCGGAGCACGCAGUCCUCCCACUGUGCUUUGUGGUGGCGGUCUAUUUCAUGACCGGGCCGGUGGGCUUCUAUUGGCGACGGAGCAGUCACAGCACCCUGGAGGAGAAGAUCGACCACCUGGACAGUCAGAUCAGACUCCUCAACAUCCGUCUUUCUAGGGUGAUUGAGAACAUGGACAGAGGCGGCGACCAGUGAAACAAAAGGUCCAGCUCACCUUUACACCAGCUCCUUCGGAAGUUGCUAAGCACUGUCUCUCGUUUGUGAAAACGUUACAAAGCGACAAGCUGACACCCCGGGGUAAACCAUGUGGCAGACAUUCAGAUGUUAGAUGUUAAGAGUAGUUUAUACACUGGAAGAAAUACAAAAAAAAAAUUAUACUUGUAAGAGUCAUUAACUGUAUAUUUAGAGAUUUUUCCUCCAUGAGUAGAAUUUUAUCCGCUUACUUUUCUCCGAGCAUUUAAAACAUCUUUUGUAAAAGGAAUUUUGUAUACACGUUGAGUAGUCUAUUUAAAAUGACUAGAAAUACAACUGAGCUUUAUGCAGGUCUGCCAUUUUGAAAGAAGGAAGACGGCUUAAAGAAAUCUACCAAAAGCUUCUCUUAGGCGAUUUUGCUUUGGGGAGCGGGGGGGGGGGGGGCUUAGCUAUUCACUGAGUGUUUUGUUCUGUUCUCUUUCCUUGUGCUUUCAUGAAAUCGUGACCAUUUUUCUUUUACUGGUGACUUAUCCCAUUGCCUCAAGUUGCCUUUCCAUACAAUUGCAGAGGAAGAUGUUUCUUCUGGUCAGAUUAAAAAAUCACCGUGGCUUUUAAUAGCAAGGAAGGGGCAUCUUCUGGACACUAAAUCCUUUAAAGCCAAAAAAGAAGAACUUGAUUUUUGGUGUCUUCUCUAUCCCCCUAUCCCCCUCCAUAAUUUAGUGGAGAAAAAUCCCUGCCUGAGUAUAAUUAUGGAAGGGUCAGCUCACAUGCAGGGUUUUCUCCAGUUCACUUCUGUGACAGAGAUUGCUCUGAACACACGCAAGGAUGGUCGUAUUCUCCAGGGUAGUAAGUUGGGAGAUUGACACAUGUUGGAACACUGUUUAUCAAGGGUGUGAAUAGCCACAAAAAUCUCCCGUGUUUCCCAUCUGCUGUGGUGGCAAAUGAUGUGAUUAUAACCGAGUUUGAGGAGGGGCCCAUUUUAUCCCCCCCCCCCCAAAAAAAAACCAAAAUAAAAACCACUCUUUAGCCUGAUCAAAUAUACAUGGCGAUUAAUGGCACACAGCAAUGAAAGAGGGGCAGCAGGUGGAGCCUUGGCAAUAAAGUCAUUUCCCAAGCAGAAAUAAUUUUAAAGAUCAAUUAUGCAUCACGUUUAGAAAACACAAAAGAAGAUAAACCUCAGGACCAGUGGGCGGCUUAGUUUUUUUUUUUUAAGCGGCAGGUAGAGUAACUUGCAAAGUGGCUGCUGCUGAAAUCUUUCUCAGGAUCAAUAAGCGGCAAUAAGUAAAAACAAUAACAUGUCUUACCUUCAGGAAGAUGAGGUGCUUUCUUGCUUUAAGGUCUGCGUCCUUUCCAAAGUGGGACUUUGGAGGGGCCAGUCAGGUUCAACCAACCAAGCUGAACCAGAGAAGCCAGCUGGGCCUAGCCUGCUUCCCCAUUGUCCUGGUCAGAGGCCAGGGAAAGGCUCCGCAGGGAGCUGCAGCAGUCUACGGGGGUGGGGGGAAUUGACUUACUAUCAGCGUCAUCACCCCCAUCCCCAGAGAAUCCCACCAGUAAAACUUGUCGCUGAUCAGUAUUCAAAGUAUCAGAGGUCACCAAAGCAGCAUUAUUAUUUUGGCACCUGUUCACUUAGGUGUAACCUGUUUGCCUUUGCAAGCUGGUUCAUUCAAGGACUAAGCUUGCUGCAUUUUGUCGGCAUGCCUCAAGACAGAGGGAUCUCUUUUUUGAGGGGGGAGAGGUGAGAAGCCGAAGCCUUUCAGCCUUUAUGAGACAAGGAUCGCCAGGAUCAAACAGGAUUGGUGCUACAAAAGGUGCCCUUGAGAUAGAUAGCGAUAAGGUAACGUUCUUGGGGCCAGGUGGGGAGUGGCUCUCUGUGGCUACCGAUCCAAAUCCUUUUCUUACACCCCUCCUUAAAUAUUUUAAAAAUCAUGACAUUAAAAAGUAUGUGUUAAAUAGGACGCUUAAUGGAGGGUUUGGCGGGCGGGGUGGGGUUUUUUUUUUGUUUCCUUGACCCUAGUGGCAUUUCAAACAUGUUUAAAGGAAACAGCAGAUAUGUUAUGAGUGUGCCUUGCCCUGCCCCUCCCCAGCAGUCAAAUAUUCCAAGUGGAACUCUGCUGUUGGGGAAAAAUAGGUGAGGCACUGGAUUUCCUUCAGGCUGAGAAGCUUUUUUGGGCCUGCCCUCCUUGCCAUAAAGCCAUGCGAGAAGAAUGUAUAUAUAUUUUUAUACCCAAAGCAUUUCACUAUAUAAGGCGGUAGCGAUGGUGAAGGAAACUAUAUAAGAAGCGUGCACGCACUAAACUUGACAGCGUUUGCAAAGUUCAAUAAUUAGAUGUAUCCUUCUUUUCUCCCCCCCUCCCCGCCCCACACACAGUUCUUUAUGGGCUGUUUGAAAUUAGACAGGAGCACAAACAGUUGUCCAGCAUACUUGACGAAAAUGCCGUGGCCAUUAUUGCGCAGCUUUUAGGCUUUUGAAAGUAAAUGUGAUGUUGCUUUAAAGUGCUGUAUCAAAUGCACAUUUCUCUCUUUCUCUCCCCCUCCCCCCCGCUUUUAUAUCUGGCCAGUGGUUUGACUCUUCUGUUGUGUUCUUCAUAACCUCAUCCUGCCUCUCUUGCUUUGCACAGCUGCUUUUAUUUGAAUGUCUGGAGGCACUUCAGAGGAGAGGGCAUCUUAGCUCUAUUUUAUCAUGCAUCGGAAGGCAACGUAAAAGUGGCUCAGCUGCUGCAGUCGGUCGCUGACCAGGGCAGAUUUUGAAACUUCCAGUCUUGCUGCACAAUUUUAUUUUCCGUUGCAAAGUGUUUUUAUGCAUUCCCAUUGAGGAAGGAAUCAGAAAGUGCAGGAUAAUGAGGUGUGCGUUAUUUGUAUCAAGGCAGCGUCAGCAGAUAAGGAGGUUGCAGCUAGCAUGUCUCCUUUCCAUGUUUAGUUUAACCCUGGUGCAGCAUGUGUGCACUGGUUCUAACCAUGGUUAACUUGACCACUGUUUUCCUUGUAACUUUGAUUAGCAUUAACCCUGGUUAGCACCAACGUAGUCAUAAUCCCACACCUUGAUUUAAAUCAAACCAUUAAAAAGCAGGAGAUUGGACUACAGCAGGUACAGGGAUCUGCAACCUGCGGCUCUCCAGAUGUUUAUGGACUACAAUUCCCAUCAGCCCCUGCCAGCAUAGCCAAUUGGCCAAAUUGAAGUCCACAAACAUCUGGAGAGCCGCAGGUUGCAGACUUCUGUAGCAGGUAGAAUGCACUCCCUUCAAACAGUUGUCAGGAAAUCAGGAACACUACCUGUUCUGAAGUGCGUGAGAAUGCACAACUGUUCAUGCUUACCAGUGAGGAAGAAAUUCUCAUGCACAACCGCGUUUUGUUCAUGAUUUCAUAAAUGAGCUGACUUCAGUUUCUCGUGAGAAUCCCUGCUGCUUGGUAUUUUCUUCGUGAGAAUCCCUGCUGCUUGGUAUUUCCAGUGGUUUGCCGUAGUUGAUUAUUCAGCAACUUGACGGGAAUCCGCUUGUCACUGUUUUUCUGUUAGGUCUGAUGGCUGUUCACAUUCUCGUGGUCCGUCAGUACAGACAGAGAAAACGCCAUUGGCCAUGUCUAUAGCGAGAGUUGCCAUGUUCUGAAUGUAAUGCUUCUUUUUGAAAAAGUAAUAUUGGAUAUUCAGGCCUUGUGUACCAAACCUGGUGUAGCUGAUGCUGCAGUAGUCCUGCUGACGUAAUGUGCUUUUCUAAAAGCUUGUUCGUAUAGUUAACAUAGAGGGGUUUGCCAUUCCUGCUGUAGCUCUUUCGAUGAAGUAAAUUUACCUUUCUUGUAAGCCGGGGGCCAUUCUGAUCUUAUAUAUUUGGCAGCUAAUGAUUCAUCUUGACCAUUGGUCCUCCCUCCCGCCUUUGUUUCAGAGAACGUGAAAUUUUAUUACAUUCUGCAUGUGACUUUAAUCUUUUCUUAAAUAAUUCCACUGAGCUACGAUGCCAAUUAGAAACCAAUCUUUUCUGCUAUUAAACAGAAAAAAACCAUAUUGAUCAUAACACUGUUUAUCUGCACUGAAUAUAGUGACUUUGUAUAAUUGAUCUCAAGUAUUAGGUAGUUUUUUAAAAAAUGUAUACCAAAAUUGUGCAUUUCUGUUAAAAUUAUGAUCAUUUCAGGAGAAAAUGGUGUAUGUAUUCUUUUGACCUAUGAACCUUAAACAAACUACUGAUGUAAUUGUAGCCAUGAAGAUCUCAAAUCUUUUUUUGUUCGUUAAUUCAGCUAUUCAUGCCUUGAAUUAUUAUCUGACCACCAGAUCAGUGUACUUCUAUAUAGUGGAAUAUUUGUAGGCCAGUUUCACAACUGAAUUAUGGUGUUGUGACCAUUAAAGCUUAAAUGUUUACUGAAA